AUGACAGAGGACACACAACCGGCGGCUGGUCGAGGAGGCGGUCGAAAAGGACGAGGUCCCCGUGGUGGAAGGGGCGGUCGAGGACGUCAAGGCAACAAUCCAGCCAAUCCAGGCCAACGAGAUGCAUCAUCUAAUCAAGAUGGUGGUGCAGAUGGAGAUGGCGGUGGAGGUAGACGUGGUGGUGGUCGUGGAGGAGGACGAGGAAGAGGGGGGCGCGGAAGAGGAAGAGGAGGACGUGGGAGAGGAAGAGGCAGACAAAGCAACAGCCCGUCCGAAAAGCAGAAUGAUGACAAGACAGAGGCUCCCACAGAGAAUGUCAAUGUCAAUAUUAAUAUCAAUGUCAAUGUCAAUCCCAGUGAAGCCAGCAGUAACAACAACAACAACAACAACAACGCCAAGAAAAACAGCAAUAACAAGCCAAAGAGGGAAAACCAGAACAAAGCCAAGAAAAAUGACAAUAAGAAUGACAAUAAGAAUGACAAUAAGAAUGACAAUAAGAAAGAAGAGCAAAAGAAAAAUCCACCACAGACUGGGAAGAACGAAAAAGGAAAAGGCAACAAACAGAACAACAAGGACAAGGACAGCAGCAGUAAUCAGAAGCAGAACAACAAUAAGGACACCAAACAAAACAAUAAGGACGACAGCAAUCAGAACAAAGGAGCCAACAACAAAAACGAAGGAGGCAAAAAUAGCAACAACAAUAAACCAAACAACAACAAUACUCAACAAAAGAAAAAUGAAGGCAAGAAAGGUCCCAACAAUACUAAGAAAACUGAACCAAAGUCGCCCUAUGCUCUCGCAGUCCCUCCCAGCGAGCCACAGCUAACCAAUGAUAUCAACUACAAACGAGGAGAGACCAUUACGGUACUUCACGUGGCAGAGAAACCUAGUAUUGCUCUGGCCAUCGCCAAGGGACUAUCGGGUGGAUCUACGGAACAGGGUGGAGGCAGGGGCAUGCCCAUGCACGAAUUCACCAAUCCACCAUUCCCAAAGGCACCUCAUGCCAGCAAGUGCAAACACAAGGUCACUUCCGUGGCAGGACAUGUCUUUUCGGUAGAUUUUCAUCCUAAGUAUCAGAGCUGGGAUGCCGUGGACCCGGCUGAACUAUUCACGGCACCCAUUGUCAAAAAGGCACAAAAUCAAGGAGUCAUCAAGAAUCUCGAAAAUGGUGCUCGAGGUGCCAAUUUCAUUGUGCUCUGGAUGGAUUGUGAUCGAGAGGGAGAGAAUAUCAACUUUGAAGUGUUGGAUUGCUGUAUGCACAUGAUGGCAUCAGGAGGGACAUCGUCCAACUUUGACCGUGUUUAUCGCGCCUACUUUAGCGCAAUCAACCCUAGCGAUAUUCAAAAGGCGUAUAAGGCUCUUGGAAAGCCAGACAAGAAUCAGGCUCUUUCAGUAGAUGCUCGACAAGAGUUGGAUCUGAAGGUUGGUGUGGCCUUUUCGAGGUUCCAGACACGAUACUUCCAGGGACGAUACGGAGACCUUGACAGUGCGGUUCUGUCGUAUGGACCUUGUCAGACACCGACUUUGCAGUUUUGCGUCAAACGACAGAUUGAAAUCGAAACAUUCAAGCCCGAGCCAUUUUGGGUCUUGGAGUUGAAUGUGUUCAAGAGAGGCCGGAUGUUGCAAGCCCUGUGGAACUCGGGUCGAUCAUUCAACAAAGGAAAGGUAGAGAACCUGUUGGCGGAGGCACAAGAGAAGGGCGCCGUGGUCACAGUCACGAGUGUGGUGACCAAGGAGAAGAAACAAGGCAGACCAGUGCCGUUAAACACUGUGGCUCUGUUGAAAGCUUGCAGUAAAGCACUGGGAAUUGGUCCCCAUGCAGCAAUGCAAGCAGCGGAGCGCCUGUACUUGAUGGGGUACCUCUCCUAUCCCAGAACAGAGUCUACAGCGUACCCAAAUUCAUUUGACAUCCGGGGCACCCUUCAACAACAAGCCACUGAUGGUCGUUGGGGGAAGUACGUGCGGGACUUGAUGAAUACUGGAAUCAACAAAUCUAAAGGUGGAGUCGAUAUGGGAGACCACCCUCCCAUCACUCCGUGCCGCGGCGGUUCUUAUGAGUUGUCAGGCGACAUGGGCCGAGUCUUUGACCUUGUAGUGCGACACUUUAUUGCGUCCGUCAGCCCGGAUGCAGUUUGGAAAUCGACAGCAAUCGAAUUCGAAGUGGACGCACUUGGCGAAAAGGGAAAGUUCAGCUUACGAGGGAAAGAGCUCGUCUCUCCUGGGUUCCUUGCAAUCGUUCUGAGCCGAGAGUACGGAGAAGACGCCGAAGGAGGCGAUGAAGACGAGGAAGAGAGAUCAAUUCCUGAAUUCCAAAAGGGCGAAUUGAUUCUUCUGGCAGGAUGCAGAUCUGAGUCCAACUCGACAAAAGUAGCCGUCGCAUCUGGGGAACCAGUGCGUGCAAAUUUGCUUAUCCGCGAAAAGAUGACGACGCCACCUUCGUUGUUGACAGAGUCAGAGCUCAUUGGGCUGAUGGAAAAGCAUGGAAUUGGGACUGACGCUAGUAUCCCAACUCACAUUGAGAACAUUCAGAAGAGAAGAUACUGCGAUUUGCAGACCGCCGGCCGCCGCCUACAUCCUACGAAACUGGGAUUGGUCCUUGUCCAAGGCUAUCAUCAAAUCGAUAGCACGUUGGUGUUGCCUCAAAUUCGUAGCGACAUCGAGGACCAGUGUGCCAUGAUUGCCAAGGGCAUAGCAAGCCGAGCUGAUGUUGUGGAAAAGGCCAUUGAGUUGUUUUCGGGGAAGUUUGAUUACUUUGUCAAAAACAUUGGAAAGAUGGAUGUGCUCUUUGGUUCUUCGUUCAGCAAGCUCGAGGACAUUGGGAAGCCCUUCACCCGUUGUGGACUGUCAAGACGCUAUCUUCAGUACAUUCCUGGCCCACCACCACGCUUGUACAACAAAUACACUGAAACAGUGUAUGCACUGCCGGUUGGAGGUAUUGUCAAGCAAUGGACAGGGCGCACUUGUCCCGUGGAAGGUUGCAAUUUUGAGCUGUGCCUGUAUUCGGUAGGUCAGCCCCAGCGGACGUUCCCGUUGUGUCCUUACUGUUUCAACCAUCCCGACUGGGCUCUUGAAUCCGAUGCGUUCCCGGAGGAUCAAGUUGAAAGAGAAGACAAGAGCAAAGAAAAGCAAAUCAAAACAGUGGCAGGCAAAAUGCUCACCCUGGAGUGUCCACUACCAGAUGAGCAUCCUUUGAUUGAGGAGCUAACUGUGAGUCCCGAUCCUGAUUCCGAUGGUGUGUUGAUUUUGGAUCCCCAUCUCGGUCCCAAAUGGAGGCUUGUGGCCACGAGAGCACCGACGAUUGUGCAUUUGCCUCAAAACGUUGAAAAGGUUACGGUACUCGACAAGAAGGAUGAUGUUCUAGGUGUCCACUUGAUGCGAGUCAAGUUCAAAGACGGCGACUCUCCCGUUCCGGAUGGCACGAAACACGAAUGCUGCUUUCCUGUCGACGAGCUUAUGCAAGGUUUGGUGAGGGUGCAUCAUGGCUCGGAUAGACUAAAAGCGACCCCACGAGGCGGUCGUGGCCGAGGUAGGGGGCGUGGAAGAGGUCGCGGAGGCAGAGGAAGGGGGCGUCGGUGA